AUGUUCUCGAAUCAACAACUUCGAGAAAACACUAGACUUCCUGUCCCCAACAUCUCAUCUCUGGUCCCGGAUCGACAUCUUGAUUAUCAAAGCAUCAAGGUACCAGCUAAUUUACAACUGGCAGAUCCUGAAUUCUAUCGCCCUGGAAGCAUCGACAUGCUCCUGGGCUGUGGGACAACACUUUCAAUGCUUGGCACAUCGAAGAAACGACUAUUAACCAACGAUCAGCCAGAUUUAUAUUUGAUGCAGUCGGUACUCGGUUGGAUUAUCGGUGGAGGGGUUCCUGCUACACAAUCUCCAUCUCCACUCUCAUGUCAUCUCACGAACGCUGAACACGUGGAAUUCGAUCUAGCUAAAUUCUGCGAAGUCGAAGAGGCCGUAUCAGAACCCAGGAACAUCGAGAAUGAAUGUGAGCAACAUUUUUCCUCUAAUUUCUCACGAGACCCCACUGGAAGAUACAUCGUGGCGCUUCCGUUCAACGAGAAAAUUAGCAAGCUUGGAGAAUCUCGCUCCCGAGCUUAUCAUCGAUUCAAGCCCUGUGAACAAAAAUUACUCCAGAAUCCAGAGCUUAAAAAUCAAUACGACUCUGUGCUCCAAGAAUACCUUAACCUUGGACAUAUGACUGAAAUAAAUACCCAUGACAUCUCUCAUCCGGGUUAUUAUCUUCCUCAUCACGCAGUCUUCAAGAAAGGAAGUUUGACAACAAAGCUCAUAGUAGUUUUCGAUGAAUCAGCCAAAACCAGCACUGGCCUCUCACUCAACGAGACUCUACAUGUUGGUCCCACCAUCCAAGACGACAUCCUAUCCCUCCUCUUGAGAUUCCGGUUGCAUCAAUACGUGCCAACAGCGGAUAUACAGAAAAUGUAUCGUCAAGUACGUGUGAAACCAGAGGAUCUACGAACGUAUGAAUUGAACACUGUUACCUUUGGGCUAUGUGCUGCGCCAUACCUCGCAAUACAAUGUCUCCACCAACUAGCUACUGAUGAGAGGAACCAAUUUCCAAUGGCUGCAGAGAUUCUCAAACGUGACAUGUACGUCGAUGAUCUCUUGACAAGAGCUCAGACUCGAGAAGAAGCUCUUGCCAUCCGUGAUCAAGUGACACAGCUGGUACAACGGGGAGGUUUCAAUCUACGUCAAUGGGCUUCCAACGAUCCCACGUUGCUACAGGACCUAGCACCAGAUGACAUCAACCGUCAUCUGCUCAUCACAGAUUCUCCGGCAUUGAAAACCUUGGGAUUAUCGUGGAAUUCUUCAAACGAUCACAUUGAAUACAAGGUGAAAUCAGUCGAGGCAAAUGCUCCAUUAACAAAACGCAUCGUUAUGUCUGAAACUGCCAAGAUAUUCGAUCCCUUGGGGUUAUUGGCUCCAGUCAUCAUCAUCGCCAAGACAUUCAUCCAACGACUAUGGAAAUUGCAGUUGCAUUGGGACUCUCCACUGUCAAAUGACAUCCAGAAGGAGUGGACGGAACUCUACCAGCAAUUACCACUGCUCCAAUCUCUCCAGUUUCCACAUAAGGCUCUCUCUCAACACGCCGAAAGAGUCGAACUUCAUGGGUUCUGCGAUGCCAGCAACCUAGCAUAUGGUGCUUGUAUAUACCUCAGAUCCAUCAGCAACAGUAGAGACACACAAGUUUCCCUACUGUGCGCAAAAUCACGCGUUGCUCCAGUGACAACCAAGCCUUUUUCACCUCGGCUAGAGAUAUGUGGAGCAUUAUUACUUGCAAAACUGAUGACAAAUGUUCGCUCCAUCAUCCACAUUCAAGCUCAUCGAGUGCAGAAAACAAACAUCGAUGACUGGAAACACGUCAGAACUCACGAGAAUCCUGCUGAUCUAGUCUCUCGAGGGCAAACCCCUGAGGAAUUCAUCAAACCUUCAUUGUGGAAGGAAGGUCCAGCAUGGCUACAUCAAGAUGAGGAUCAUUGGCCAGCUCUGGAGCACCACUUUCCAUCCACUCCUCCAGAGCUAAGGAAACAACAGCCCACUCCUCCAGCUGAAACAUGUUUUGUGACGAUCAUGGAUCAACGCAGGAGCAAUGUGCUCACUUGGUAUUCAUCAUUGACCAAGCUGCAGCGCGUAAUUGCCUACUGCCGCCGUUUCCUGUCUCGCAACAAGGGUCCAAUCUCAGUGGAUGAAAUGGACGCUGCCCUUCAAGGAAUCGUGUACUGGAUGCAACGUGAAGCCUUUGCCCCAGCUAUCACACUGCUUCUGAAGAAAGUUCCUGAUCAAAAGGCAUCAGCUUUAGUACCAUUAGCUAAACUCAAUCCUUUUUUGGACCAACGGGGAGUCAUUCGUGUUGGUGGUCGCUUGAGAAAUUCCAAAAUACCAUAUUCUUAA